AUGUACCUCUUCGAGGAGACCAAGUUGUCCCAGGGUUCUGAUUGGGUAGAGAUAAGGGUGCCUCAGCUAGAGGCCGCGUAUUGGUGGGAAACCAGAGAGAGGCCAGGCACUAAUACAUCAGAGUGCCAGACCUCAGCCCCAACGCCUGUAGUUAUCACUGUGCGCGAGCUACAACACAUGUCAUCACCACCAGGUCCAACAGAGGUCCUGGUGAAGCCCACCGUGAACGUUCCUAAUCCCUGGCAAAUCAACCGCAUAGUAGAUGGUGAGAGUGUUGAGCACUACGACGUGGUAGAGGGGCACUCCGUCAACCUCACCUGCACUUAUGACACGUCCAGAGGUCCCCAAGGAGCAAAGUCUCUUAACUGGACCAUGCAUCAAGACGACAAAAAUGAGACACAUAACUGCAAGAGUUAUCGAUACGUUGUUGGGAACUGGAAAACACGUAUUCUCCAUAUUUCUGCAAGUGACCCCAGCAAGGACAGUGGGGAGUACACAUGCAUCGUGAGUUCUAUGCAGACCACGCCACAGUCCACAACAAUGGUUCUCAAUGUCAUAAGCAAGAACUCGGCCCAUGUGCAGCUGAGGGUCGACCAUCCCAACAUUACCAAGGCUGAACCUAGUAUUACUUGGCAUGUAUACUUCCGUGCCUACCCGGAACCUGUCUUUGUCUGGUACAAGGAAGGUGUUGAACUGCUUGACACAUCUAAAAAGGAAGGAAACAAACGUUUUGGUCACGAAACAAAUCACCGGAAUGGCACUCUGCAGCUGAUUCUUCACAACCCGAAUGUGUCAGACGUCGGCCAGUACACACUGGUGGCCAAGGUCAUGGUCAACAACACAGAGGCUGCAUCACACAAUGUAACAAUGUUCUUCACCACACCAGUUGGACCCAGCGAUGUGAAACUGAACUCAUCCAACAAAGACUUGAUGCUGAAGAAUGACUCAAAGUUCCAAAUGACCUGCAUGGCCAGUGGCUACCCCAAGCCUCAUGUAACGCUCCAGUUUAAACAGUGUGUCAGUAAAAACAACUGCAAUAAUUACUCAGACGGAAGCGGCCCUUACAACGCCCUGUCAUCAGGCACCCACAUCACCCCCAACCACUGGGUGACGGAGACCGUCCAGUGGAACGGUCGUGCGCAGGUUCCUGGAUAUUACAGAUGCUUGGCGGCCAGCGACCUCACCACCACCACCUCUGACCCUCUUAUCUUCCUGGUCACUGAUGGUGAAGAUGUACACCGGAGUGUGUCCCUGGAGGCGGAGGUGAACGGAGAGUCGCAGCUCCACCAGAACCUGCAGGUCCUGGAGGGGGACAACCUCACCUUCCGCUGUCGAAGCAUUAAGGUGCUCAACGCUGGGGCUUUACAGUGGAAGCUCAAUGGUCAGCCCCUCACAGACCGCGACAAGAGAGAAUGGAAACUUAAUGUGAAGAGUGAGUUUAUUUAA